AUGUCGGCUCGCACUUUAAGCUCAAGAGCUUCAGCCUUAGGGCUGGCCUCUGGAAGAAGGGUUUCACUGCGUCCACUUGCUCUCACCUCAAGGACCGUUGCAACCACAACAGCAGCCGUUGCGCCUCAAGAAAGACCCCGCGAUCCUUCAUCUUCAACACCAGAAAUUGACCUCCUGCAACCUCAACGCCGGCGCAUCAAAGACCCAAAACCUUUCUCCGAUUUCCUCACCGAUAAUUUCAACCGACAGCAUGACUAUCUGCGCAUUUCCGUCUCAGAGCGAUGCAACCUGCGAUGCGUAUACUGCAUGCCCGAAGAAGGGGUGCCUUUGUCGCCAGAUCGAGAACUCUUGACAACACCAGAGAUUGUCCUCUUGUCCUCCGUUUUCGUGUCACAGGGCGUCUCGAAGAUUAGGUUGACUGGAGGAGAACCGACCGUGCGCCAAGAUAUCCUUGCUCUGAUGCGCCAGAUCGGAGAGCUACGACAGCAUGGACUCAAGGAACUUUGUAUCACAACCAAUGGCAUCUCACUGCAUCGGAAGCUGGACAGUAUGGUCGAAAGUGGAUUGACAGGUGUUAACCUGAGUCUCGACACCUUGGAUCCAUGGCAGUUUCAGAUCAUGACAAGAAGGAAGGGCUACGAUGCAGUGCAAAAAAGUAUUGAUCGAAUUCUUGAGAUGAAUAGGCUCGGUGCUGGCAUCAAGCUCAAGAUCAACUGCGUAGUCAUGAGGGGCGUCAAUGACAGAGAAGUGCUUCCCUUUGUGGACCUGACGCAAGAAAAGGACAUUGAAGUGCGCUUCAUCGAGUACAUGCCAUUCGACGGCAACAAAUGGAGCAAAAACAAAAUGUUCAGCUACCAAGAAAUGCUGGACCUCAUCAGAACAAAAUACCCUACUCUUCAAAAGGUACAAGAUCACAAGAACGACACCAGUAAGACAUGGCAUGUUCCAGGCUUUGCCGGAAGGAUAGGGUUCAUCACGAGCAUGACACACAACUUUUGCGGGAGCUGCAACCGUCUUCGGAUUACAGGCGACGGAAACCUCAAGGUGUGCCUGUUUGGCAAUGCUGAGGUUUCUCUACGGGAUAUCCUACGCAAGUCGAACAGCGGCGAACCUGUCGACGAGCAAGCUUUCGAAGCGAUGAAGCAGAUCGAGAUGGCGAGGCGGAGGGAUCUCCUGGCGUCUGAUCGAACUCCUCUCGGUCUGGCACCCAACGAGAUGGAACUGCUGGAAGUUAUAGGUGCAGCCGUCAAGAGGAAGAAGGCAAAGCAUGCUGGAAUUGGCGAGCUGGAACACAUGAAAAACAGGCCCAUGAUCUUGAUAGAUUCCACUAGCCAGUCUCCGUCAUCUCGCAACAUGCCUCCUCGAGUGCAGUCUCUUCUCCGUAACGGCCACUUCUUUACUCAUGGUCCGUCGUCAUUUUCGCAGCAGAGACUCUUCUCGCAGACCCGCCAUGUCAAAAGUCAAGAUGGCAGCAACAAGGCAAAGCUGACCCACGUUUCGUCAUCUGGAGAGGCACGAAUGGUUUCCAUAUCAGAAAAGACAGUGACAUCACGCAUCGCCAAAGCUGUGUGCACUGUCCGGUUCUCCAACGGUACGGCAAUCGGUCUCAUCAGGGACAAUCAGAUGAAGAAGGGCGAUGUUCUGGGGGUCGCGCGGAUCGCAGGCAUCAUGGCGUCGAAGCGGACGCCAGACCUGAUCCCACUAUGCCAUCCGAUAGCGCUCUCCAAGGCGACGGUUGAUCUCGACGUCAGGGGUGACGACAGAAUUGAGAUCGCUGCUACGGUCACGUGCGAUGGGAAGACAGGCGUGGAGAUGGAGGCGCUGACGGCGGCGUCUACAGCGGCUCUGACAGUCUACGAUAUGUGCAAGGCAGUGGAUAAGGGCAUGAUCAUUGAGGGGUUGAGGGUUGUUCUAAAGGAUGGCGGUAAGAGUGGAAGGUGGGAGAUGGAGUGA